AUGAAUAUUAUUAACUACCUUUACAAUAAGAGCAAGAGCAUAUACAACCGAAACAUUAAUGCGUACAAUUACAACAACAUAGAGAAUGAAAAUUUAAUAAGUAACUUUGUCGAUAUUAGUAAUGGAUACAGCAACCAUAGCUGCUCGUCCAAGUCGUCCUCGAGGACGUUGAUGCAGGGUGACAGGAAUAAUGUGAGUACGGGUCACAGGAAAAAGGGCAGGGAGGAGCGCUCUCCCGUGGUGAAAAUGAUUGGGCCAGUGGUUAGGUCAUCGGUUAGGUCAGAGGUGGGUAUGACCAGAGCGCAGAGCGAUCGGAUGGACCAAGCGAAGAACAUCGCCAGCAGGGAAGACGACCAGGGGAAGAAAAACCAAAAUUACGAAUUUAAUGUUCACAACAUUGGGUUUGACUCGAAGGUGUAUAAAAACAGAUGCGAUGGAGUCUGUGUCCUCAAUGACAACAUUUACAUUUUCGACAAAAUUAAAAAAUGCAUAUAUUUGUACACCCCAUAUAAUAACGUGUGGUACAUAUUUUUAAACAUAUGUGAAGAAAUGUCUGUGAAUAAAAAUAGCAACUUGGAGUUGACAAAUUUUUAUAUGAAGAACAGACCAGAACAAACUAUCGAAGGAAACUUCCAUCAUCUGAGCAAUAUUUCUUUUAUGAACUACACAGAUGUGGUUUACCUCAAUAAUUGUAUUUUUAUAAUUAGUAGUAAUUGUCAUUUUAUGAAUUUUUGUAAAGUCAAUAUGCUUAAUAUGAAUACCCUCUUUGGGACCAUUGUGGUGGAGUCAGCGCAGAGUAACUUCGCUGAUUUUGCGGAGCUGUUGCGGGGGUUGAGGGGGGAUCAGACGGAGCGGAAUGAGCAGGAACAUGCCAAUGACGAUGAGAUGAACCGCAUGGGGCAGCCCUCCAGUUGGGAUGCAAAGCCCGGCGGAUCCUCUUCCCUGCAGGAAGCGCCAAACAGGCCGAACCAGACGAACACUACCGUUUCAUCUGUGGAGCAAACAAUGUGUAGUGACCAAGCCGGUACCGUGGAGAGUGCACAUAUCCAGAAUGGCCACCGUCGAAGCAACGAUGACGACAGCCAACGUAGCCACCUUGACGAGUACGUCAGUGGAAUUUCCGAAUUUUUCGAAUUUUCCGAACUUUCCGAAUUGUGCGAUUUUUCUGAGCUUUUUCCGAAUGAUGAGAAAAAUCCUUUUAAAAAAAUGAAGAGGCUGAUAAAGGCGCGAGAUUUCUUCUCCAUCUGCAGCGUCAACGAGAGUUGCUACUCUUUGAUUUACCUCUUCGGGGGUAAAGGAAGCACCGUCAAAAGGGCCAAUGAGUAUGUCGAUAUUAUUUACAACGAUUUGUACGUUUACGAUUUUUACCGAAACAGGUGGAUGGAGUUGUACCAGUAUAGGAGUGAUGAAGAUGGGUGUGCCCCUGAGGAGCGGUCAAACCCAGAGCAGGCACGUCAGGACAAUUCUCUUCUACGUACCCACUUAGAUGAGUCCGCCGCGAACAGAAGCGAUAACGGCAACAUUCUUUAUUUUAAACCGGGUGAUACUGCCUCCCCCGUUGGUUUACAAAACGAAAUCGCGCUUGAAAACGACACCAGAAACGCAGAAGAAUGUUUUAACGACAGUUUUUUUCUACUAACGUCGAAUGAUGCGUUUAGCAAUGAUAACACGACUCAGUCGAGUAAGGUUAAGAUGGAUGGAGGAGCGAUAAAUCAGGACAGUCUGCGCCGCAAUGUAGACACGGUGGAUAGUAUAGCUACCGUUGCUACGUCCACUGCGGAGAGGCAUAGUAAUUCGUUUGGCCACGCGAAGGGGGAAUCUUGGGAUAGGCAUCCGAUCAGUGGGGACCAAAGGGAAGUUCCAAAGAAGGGGGGGGAAGAGGCGGACGACACUUGUUCAGAUUUGUACAGCCUCAUUUUUGACACUUGUGAAGAAGCCACGGGUGGAAAAGCUAAAAAUGCAAAGUGUGCAGGUAUGCACGGUGAAAGUACUCCCGUGGAGAGCCCCCAACAGACACGCACUAACAUCUACCAUGAGCGUAAUGACCCACCCUGUAAAGACUGCCUGCAGGGGAAGAAGUGCAAAUAUAUCUGUAACCUUAUAGCGAACGGAGUGAAGAUACGAAGAAUCCCCUGGCUUGGAAAAAGAGCAGGGCAUUCCUGCGUGUAUUAUAAAAAUAAUCUGUACAUAUUUGGAGGCAUCAGUUACUACAGCUUUAAUAGGAACAAAAUAAACCUCAAAUUUUGCGACAAUUUAUUCCUUUACAAUAUUGAGUCUAAUAGAUGCUUUGAAAUUAUGGCAAAAGGAAGCAUACCAGAGAAGAGGUACCGACAUGGGUGCGUCAUCAUUAAUGACUAUAUGUUCGUAAUUGGUGGAGAGUGCAAGAGUUCCUCUUUACCAAAGAACGAUUUAUUUUUUUACGAUUUUAAAACGUCUGUGUGGACAGAAGUUGUUAUUAACACCAAGGUGGGUUCCCACUCGUUAUACAAAACAGUAUGGUUAGAGAAUUUCGGGUCGAUAUAUAUGUUUGGCUCGUCCAUUCUGCGCCUCACGAAGAAGAACUUCCAGUACACCCCGUCGUAUAAGAAUAACCAGAAGAGGCUGGAGAACCGGCGCUUCUGA